GGAUAAAACCGUAUGGCAUAAGGAAAUAUGGCAUAGACCAAGCUUAUCUUAAUACGUACAGUAUAUGUGAAAAGUAAAGUGCGUGAUGUGUAAAUAUUAAACAUCGUAGCCAUACUGGUUAAAUAUGUAUCAAUCUUAACCCAUUAAGUGCCGUAUGUACAAGUGAAAAUGUGGUCUGUCCCCACCUUGUAUGUUGUAUGUCCCCUUGCUAGGGGAAGUCUGUUGCGGGAGCAGCGUGCUGUGAAAAAUGUAUGUGAACUAUAUUACCAGUUACAUAUAUACAGAUGCGUCUGCUACUGUGUAAUAAUAUGUGUAUUUAUACCAGAUGUUGAUAUAGUGCUUGCUAUGUGAAUUGUUGUAUGUCUUAUUGAAUGGUAGGGGUCAGUGAACAUGGUGUUGCAAAAUGCAAGUGCACUGGAGAUCUGCCGAGUGCCCUAUAGGUGGCAGUGUAGUUGGAUACUGAUUGGUAUGUGAAAUGUUGUUUGUCUGUUGACCUAUAGGUGUCAGUGUUUUGGUGUUUGUAAAACCCCAUGAAAAUUGUCAAUGUACUUGACAGACCUGUAGGUGGCAGUGUUGAUAGAACCACUGUUGGUCUUGAUGUGAAAUGUAAAUUAUUGUGAAUUAAACCUGAAGUUGAGCCCGUGCUGGAGUUUAAUUUAUGGUCUAUAGUUAUGUUUAAAACAAUCUUAUGUGUAAUUUAUAUUGGCUGGUAAAUUGUAUAUGACAUGUGAAGACAGUUUUGCUGUUGACCAGUAGGGGUCAGAAAUGCUGAUUGUAUGUUAAAAUACCCUUUAACCCCUUAAGGACCAAACUUCUGGAAUAAAAGGGGAUCAUUACAUGUCACACAUGUCAUGUGUCCUUAAGGGGUUAAUGCUACCAUUUGACAGAUAGAAGUCAGUAUGAAAGCAAAAAUGCUGUAGUUAGUUUGUUUGCUUAUGAAGUGGAAUAAAAUCUGAGAAGCCUGUAGUAUACUGAUUGACCGGUAGGGGUUAGCAUGUAGGCGAAAAUGCCGUGGUUAGUUGGUUUGUACAUAAAAUGCAAUAAUGUCUGAGAAGCCUGUAGUACACUGAAUGACCGGUAGGGGUCAGUGUGUAGGCGCAAAUGCAGUGGUUCGUUGGUUUGUACAUGAAAUGCAAUAAUGUCUGAGAAGACUGUAGUACACUGAAUGACUGGUAGGGGUCAGUGUGUAGGUGAAAAUGCAGUGGUUUAUUGUUUUGUACAUGAAAUGCAAUAAUGUCUGAGAAGCCCGUAGUACAUCGAAUGACCGGUAGGGGUCAGUGUGUAGGCGCAAAUGCAGUGGUUUGUUGAUUUGUACAUGAAAUGCGAUAAUAUCUAAGAAGCCUGUAGUACACUAAAUGACCAGUAGGGGUCAGUGUGUAGGCGCAAAUGCAGUGAUUCGUUUAUUUGUACAUGAAAUGCAAUAAUGUCUGAGAAGCCUGUAGUACACCAAAUGACCAGUAGGGGUCAGUGUGUAGGCGCAAAUGCAGUGAUUCGUUUAUUUGUACAUGAAAUGCGAUAAUGUCUAAGAAGCCUGUAGUACACCAAAAACCGGUAGGGGUCAGUGUGUAGGUUAAAAUGAGGUGGUUUAUUGGUUUGUACAUGAAAAUGCAAAAAACUUCUAAGAUGCCUGUAGUACACCGAAUGACCGAUAGGGGUCAGUGUGUAGGUGAAAAAUGCAGUGGUUGGUUGAUUUUUUACAUGAAAUACAAUAAUGUCUGAGAAGCCGGUAGUACACCAAAUGACCGGUAGGGGUCAGUGUGUAGGCGAAAAUGCAGUGGUUCAUUGGUUUGUACAUGAAAUGCAAUAAUGUCUAAGAAGCCUGUAGUACACCCAAAGACCGGUAGGGGGUUUAAACGAAUGAUUUUCAUGAACAUGCAAUGGUUUUAGAACAGACAUAGACAAAAUGCAGCCGUAAAGUGAGGACCUGACCCUUACAUAGUGCCGUGGGACUGAUGCCUGGCGUAACGGGUAGGUCGACUUACGGUUUGUGAGUCAAUUGGACACCAUCCACGGCGAUGGAUUGAAGAAAGAAGGUGGUAGGCCGGAAAAGCCUGUGGCUGGAUUCCUGACACAGCUCUGCUUAGAAAACCUCAUGGAGUAAUCAGGUAAAAUGGCGUCUGGAAUGACCCGGAAGUGGAAAUCAUUCUGUGUGUGUGUGUAUAUAUAUAUAUGUGUGUGUGUGUGUGUAUAUAUAUAUAUAUAUAUGUGUGUGUAUAUAUAUAUAUAUGUGUAUAUAUAUGUGUGUGUGUGUGUAUAUAUAUAUAUAUAUAUAUAUAUGUAUAUAUAUAUAUAUAUAUAUAUAUAUUAGUGCUCCAGCACUAAUGCCCAAUAUCCACGCUUAUGGGGACAACAGAUUUCUCCUACCCACACGCUGUCUCACAGAGAGACACUCUGUUCAUAUCCCACCUACCCCGCCCAAGUUACUUCCCCCGAAGUCAAACCCUUCCAUUGGAACCAGGAAGCGCCUCAAAAGGAUCUAAAAUCUCACUCUAACACACAUACCGUAGAACGGCCAGCACAACUGAAUAUGGAACAUCACACGGUAGCAGGACAGCAAACCAAACUCACUCCAUGAAACGGAAUCUAUAUGACUCUCUCUAAAUGGAAACCCAAGACCAUACCCAGGGAUACUAAAUGAGCCACCCACCCCACAUACCUUAUAUAGGAUAUUUAAUUACAGACUAUCAAUACCCGCGGCCUGAAUACGCCGCAUAAAAGACGAAUCCUUCUAGAAGACGCAAAAUGCAACAAGAUAGACAUACUAUGCCUGCAGGAAACACAUUUCGUGCACAAUAGAGUACCCAGCUUUGCAAACCGGGACUAACCCACGCAGUAAAAUGCAACAUACUCCUCUAAAUCAAGAGACAUCUCAAUACUCUUACACAGCUCUUUAUCUUUUGAACUCUUACAACUCAAAAAAGAAGCACAGGGCAGGUACGUUAUACAACACUGCAAAAUCAACGCUACCCUAUAUACCCUAGCGAGCAUAUAUGGGCCCAAUGAGCAUCACAGAAACUUCUUGCAUUAAGUUCUGACGAAACUCCCCACUUCGCUUAUAUAAUAUGUGGAGACCUCAACCACGUAACGCAGCCACAACUGGACACGACUCUGCCUGAAACAUUACCCAGACACACAUUACACUACCAAAGAAGCACACUCAUGCGACUCCUAGCAGAAUUCGUCUUAUAUGACAUAUGGGGGACACAACACCCGAACGACCGAGAAUUCACCUUUUAUUCCUCAGUACAUAGAACAUACUCGAGAAUUGACUACAUUUUUGUUUUCAGGGACCUCCUCCCCUGCGCAACACACUGCACGAUAGGUGACAUAGUAUGGGCAGGCCAUGUGCCAGUGACAUUAACACUAAGGGACCAAUUCCAAUUCUGAGGGAUGGUGCCUAAACGACACUCUCCUACACAACUUGGAAUUUAAAAACAAACUGACGAAAUAGCAACAUACUUUACCCUAAACGAAACACCUGAUAUAUUGCCAGCCACCAUGUGGCAGGCACACAAAAAAAAAAAAAAUAUAUAUAUAUAUAUAUAUAUAUAUAUAUAUAUAUAUAUAUAUAUAUAUAUAUUUUUUUUUUUACACACACACACUAACUAUGAGCUUGUCCAAAAGUAAACCACUGCCAAACCGGUCAGGGGGCUCAUCAUAAGUAGGGUGUCAUAUCUAAAAGGUACAUCACAGCAAGAGUACAUUAGCUUGCUAUGAGCCCUUAGGGAUGAGACUAAUAAUCAACUCCUCUACCCGUCACCGGAAAGGCAAAUGCGCAUAGACAAAUUAAAGGAGCAUCUAAACGAGACACCUCUCCAAACCACAGCACUCAUGACACAUAAGUUGAAGUCAACUACUUAGACACAGGGAAAUAUAGUGGGGGAGGCACUGGCAUCACUUCUAAGACACAAAUAACAGAACUCCAAAAUACCAUUCCUCAUAAACUCGAAGGGAAAUAAAAUAUACAAAACACAGGACAUAAAUGACACAAUGGCAGACUACUACCAUAAGCUUUACAAUUUAAAAAAUGACCGCACUACGCCCAUCGGAAAUUUAUGGUUUCCUGAACGAAAUAAACCUCCAUAAACUUAAACCAGCCGACCAACUAAUGCUAGAGGCUCCCAUUAAGCACCAGGAAAUCGCACACUCCCCACGGGGAAAUCACUGGGCCCAGACGCGUUUACAAAUGUAUACUAUAAAACCUUCUCACACAUUCUAACCCUUAAACUAGAGAAACUCCAUAACAAUAUCCUGACCACCGGCACUAUUCCCCAGGAAAUGCUGGUAACUCACAUUGCCACUUUGCCUAAACCGGGCAAACCACCACACAAAUGCCCAAACCUACGCCCAAUAUCAUUGCUAAACACAGACUUGAAAAUUUUGGCAAAAAUAUAUGCAACAAGAAUGGGGGACCUUAUAUCGUUACUGAUCCAAGAUGACCAGGUGGGACUCGUUGGGGCAGUCAGGGAUCGGACAGGACGAGGAAACUCAUAAACCUCAUCCACCUGGUACGGCGGACAGGGGAACCCAGUGUGGUGCUUUCACUGGAUGCAGAGAAAGCAUUCGAUAGACUGCACUGGGGAUACCUGAAAGCUGUACUAAGAAAAUUCGAAUUCCCACAGCGUCUCUUAAGCCCUUUACACUUACCCAACUGCCCUUUACACUUACCCAACAGCAAGGGUGGUCAACGGAGGCUUCACCUCAAAACCACUACCCACCUAAAAUGGGUCUAGGCAGGGUUGCCCACUAUCACCCCCUACUAUACAUACUAGCACUAUAACCCCUAGUGCAACACAUUAGAGAAUCCCAAAAUAUACAUGGGGUGCACGCAGGCGGGAAGAUGCAUAAAAUCACACUGUUCGCAGAUGAUGUAAUGCUCACACUCUAAACCUGAGGUCUCUAUACCAACACUUCAGGACAUAUUAACACGGUUCGGCAACUGCUCAUACUACAAGCUAAAUAUCACUAAGACGCAGGCCCUGAGCUUCCACAUACCCAAAACCCAACUCACUCACUUACAAAGCAAACACACAUUGGACUGGAGGCAGGACCACCUUACUUUUCUGGGGAUUACCAUCACGACAACCAUACACACAAACUAUACAACGCCAACUACAUAAAGCUACUCAAUGCAAUUCAAAACCAGCUACAAGGCUGGAAGGAAAAAUACGUUUCAUGGACUGGCAGAGUGGCGGCGGUAAAAAUUAUCGUUUUGCCAAGGCUGCAAUACCUCUUCGGGACACUGCAAAUCGGGAUACUGAGGAGGUUUCACCUGGAAACCCAAAGAGUCAUAAAUAACUUCAAAUUGGGGGGGUAAUAAAUCUAGGAUAGCGGCAGAAGUCAUGUACAAACCUUUUAAAAAAGGAGGCAUGGGUGUGCCUGACGUCUGCUGCUACCACACCGCAGCCAUGGUGGGCACACUACUAUUCACCUUCCAUCACACUCCAGCGGUGGCAUAGAGCCAAAUAGAAGCAACACACACUGAGGGCAUAACACUGCCCACUCUAGCUUGGCUAGCGAAAGACAAAAUGCCAAAAUAUAAGGAUAUUUGCUCAACCACGGCAGUGAUACUCCAAAUAUGGGACAGAUUCUCCAGGGAACACUAUCCAAAGACAUAUAUAUCCCCAGCCCGGCAAAUACUGGUGUUCCACGUAUUUAUCCAGGGUUUUGACCACAAGGUGUGGUACACACACAAGGUUAGGCAGCUCUCCCAGCUAAUGACAAAUGGAUACAUGCUCGAUUUUUGCCUCUUUGAAAGACAGAUACAAUCUCCCACAACAAGCUUUAUUCUCAUACCUACAAAUAAAAUCCUGGGUAAACAUGGCAGCAAAAACAUAAACGCACAGGGACAAGAAAUGACGGAGGUAGAACGAAUAUGCUUGGCCUCUAAACCACCCCAAAAAGUGCUAUCGAGCCUGUACAAAGUAGCCCGAAAGCACAAAACUACCGAGAAAAUUGGAUUCAUGAAAGCAUGGGGAAAAAAACCUAAACCAUGACAUAACGGACGAUGAAUGGUCCACAAUAUUACUACCACACAAACAACUCACCUUAUGCACCUCACAUAUUGAAACCAGCAGAAAGGUACUGUACUGCUGGUACAUGGUCCCAGCCAGACUGCAACACCUUGACCGCACAAAAUCAGGGACAUGCUGGAGGUCCUUGAAAGCGCAAGGGACCAUGAUCCACAUAUGGUGGACCUGUCCGAAACUAACGAAUUUCUGGAAGGAAAUUCCAUCCAUCAUUCAAGGCGCCACAGGCACUAAAUUACCACAUAAACUAGAAACAUACCUACUACUGGCAUUAUCGCCAGGGAUGCACAAAACAGACAAAUACCUAGCAUACCACAUCAUCAUCGCGGCACUGACAACUAUUAGCAGAUCAUGACUGAACGCCUGAGGACUGCAAACCAGUUCUGGUCACUAGCAUGGCAAAAAUGGGAGCUAUGGCGACAGCUCAGGUUAUAAGAGGGCUUGGUCCUGUACACCCACGUUUAUUAACACCGACACACCACGUCCCACUGGUUUGAGGUCCAUAAAAUUUUGCCCCAAAAUAAAAUUGGCAUAUACUGUUAACUCAUAAGACUUUUUUUUGGUUAUGGGCCCACCCAUUACCCCUUAUUACGUUCCACUGGUUCGACUGAGUUCCUUGGUUUAUUGAGACGGUACAUGUACAAAUCCAGGAUGCUAGCCUAGUUAGAGCACUAGGAAAUAUUAUUAGUAUUAUUGUUAUACUUGUCAUGGAGUAAGACGAGCAAGAAGUUUUUUUUCUUUUUUUUAUGAUGUAUCAACCUACAAAUAUUGAAGGAAUACCAUGGCACUUUGUAUACUUGUACCAAAACUAAAAUAAAAUAUUUUACACAAAAAAGUAAACUACUCAUAUGGUUAAAUUUUUUACAGUCUGUUUUUUUUGGUUUUAUUUUACUUUUCUUUAACAAUGUUUUGUACCCCAAAAUACACUAUGUAGAAUACAACAAGGAAUUAUAUUUCUAUACUGUACUGACAAGGCCAGACUUGGUACAGCUGUAUUACUAUUACAAAUGUUGGCAAAGCAGAUGGGCUAAUACAUAUUUAUAUAGAGUGUACAUACUUUUAUUACAAAAUAUUGCUUCGAAUUCCAAAUCCUGCCAUUUUGAUAUGAUCUGAGAACAGAAAAUGUCACUACCUUCCUUAUGUAAAGAAAGGUGUGUUUUUUUUUUGUUUGUUUUUUUUUUCUUCACUCCAUGUAUUGUUUUGUGUUUUCAUUAAUUUUUGUUUUUUUUCUGUUUAAAAAGGUAUUGCAACAGUCACCUUCAGGUUCUUGGAUUCAUUCCCAAAAAAGAAAGGAAGAAAAAGAAUGAUUCUUUGGAGGAAGUGAAGUCCAGGCAUCAAAUGGAGACUGUGGCCUUCAGUUUGACCGUGCCUAGUUUGGCCUUGAAGAUGCCAAAUGGACUAGAUGGAAUGACUCUUUCUCCUCCAAGUGCAAGGCUCCCCUUCCACUAUCUUGAAACAGACUUAGAAGAUCCUUUCAUGUUUGAGGAAGAGCAGGAAGAGCUAAAGAAAGUGGAGUCUGUUAAGAAAAAACUUCAGAGUAAGUUGGCCCAAAAUCGUCAGCGCCAAAAAGAGACAGAGAUUUUAAAAGUUCAAGAGCACUUUAGCCCUCAUUCUGCACCUUCUCCGCUGCAAUCUCCAUCUGUUCAGGAGCAGCCUACUCUGGUUCAGCCUGCACCAAUAUCUCUGAAAGAGACUGGGCUGACACAGAGCAUUGUCUCCAAGUCACCUCAACAUCAGAACACCAGCCUACCAGUACAGGGAGCGUCACCAGUCACGCACACACUAGCACAAGCAAGACUCCAGUCUACCAAGAGACCUCUCCCUGUCCCAUCUCCCUCAACAGAACCAACACGGACGGACAGAAUACAGGUGCCAGCAACCACCUUGCCUGCUUACUCUUUACGUGUUAGUCGACUGCAAAGACUAAUGAAAAUGUACACGCAAAAAAAGCAACUAGAUACAGAUCUCUUUCCACAUCUAGGUAUGUAAACUCAGCUGUAUGUAUGGCUGUUAAUCGUAGAUGGUGUGUGUUUGUGUAAAAUAUUUCCUAUUUUUCUAUACUGAAAUGAAAUUUGAUUAAUUGCAGCCAAUAACACAUGCAACAAAGUCUUUCUGUGUUGACAAAACAGCUAGAAUUAUACUCAUUGAAUGUUUCAUUGGACAUCGAAUGUGAUAGAACUCUCCUACAUCUCCACUGUGUGUGCUGUUCUGUAAAUCAUGGGGAAGUUAUUUACUAAAAAGUGUAUUGUGGGAAAUUGACAUUUGUGUUGUAAUAUUACUUAAUUCAGCUUGUGGUUUAAUGGAAUUAUUCCAUAGAAUAUGUAUUUGUAGUCGGAAAGUCAACCUAAUAUAUCCAUAUCUUGCUUGUUCAUUUUAAAGCUGACAAUAAAUAAUUAAUGUAACACUAUAGAAUCAGGAACACAAACAUGCAUUAGUGACACCAUAGUGUUAAAAAUUCUGUUUAGGCUCCCUUAAAUCUAGUAAAACAAUACCUUAUUCCAGAGCCACGUGGUUAUGCUGGCACUGGCUCCGCCCUCGAUCCUCCCCCUUGGGUGACCUCAUCAGAAGUGAUGAUCUUAGCCAAUCCCAAUGAUUUCCCAUAGGAAAGCUUUGAACUGGCUAAGAUUGCCAAUUCUGAUGCUCUCAACCAAGGAGGCAGGGCGGGCAAUAGAGAGAGUCCAUACAUUUCUAUGCGGAAAGUUCAGUGUCUCCAUGCAGAGCGUGGAUGCGCUGACCCAGGAUGCGCUGACCCGAGGCUGCAAUGUAAACACUGCCUUUUCUUUGAAAAGGCAGUCUUUACAUUAAAAUGCCUUGCUAUUCUUACCAUAAUUAAUUACAUUAAGCUGUAGUUGUUCUGGUGACUAUAGUGUCCCUUUAAGGAUUACAGAGUGACCUAACUAUCUGACAGUAUGAAUUGAGGACUGAGAAUAGACUUCUGCUUGUCUAGCCCAACCAGUUUGUAAUGUUUCAAAUCAAAAAGGUUUGCACGUCUUUGAGAAAUGUUCUUAGUGACAUCUAAUGGAUAAAAAUGAUCACUGCAAUACAUUUUCCAUUUUAGUUGCUGGUUUGCACACUUUCUGUUUUGAGGCUCAGCAUUUCAGAUCUCCUUAGCCUGUUUGGACAGCACUUUAUCAGAAUUGUUUCAGGGUUUUCCAGGUGUUGACACACAUCCAUUUAGGGGUUAAAGCAGCACUGUCACAGUCUGGCAACUUUGCAGAAUUUGCAAAGACCCCCAAUGAUGACAUUGCUGCUGGGGGGGUUGGGGGGCAGUCAGACAAAUUUAGUUCUGUUAACAUGAACCUGUUCUUCAUGGGUGCUGCCAUCUUCUUCCGGUGGUUCCUUACAUUUUUGAGGUCUAUGGAGGAUCCUGAGGAAUCCUCGAUAGACCGAGCCAACUCCUUGCAGUCAUCACUGAUUAGGGCUGCUGGGGAUUGGCACUUCUAGACAGAACUAGCUCCAUCCAGUAUCUCGACGUUUCAGGCGUAGGAAAUAUACAGAUAAAGAAGUCCCUACUUUGUCUCAGUACAUCUAUUGAUGACUGGGUUGAAAUUUCAGUGAAAUAUAGUAUAGUCAAUAUGAGACUUCAAAGAUGCAGAGAGGCAUUGCAGAGAGGCAUUAAGAUAGAACCCCCACAAAGCUAUGCCAGCUAUGGAUAUGCCAUCUGUCCAUGCUUGCAGGGGUUUUUUUUUUAGGAGUGUUUGUGCAUUUGAAUUUAAGCAUAUUUUUGUAUAGACUAUAUAUGUGCACGUAGGGGUAUAUUUGUAUGUACUGUUGCCAUUGAAAAGCAGUGAUGUACUUGUGUAUAGUGUUUGUUUGAGUGCAGAGUUGUGUUUGUAUGUAACAUGGGUGUUUUGCAAUGUUUGCAUUUUGAUUGAAGGGGUGUGUUUUGUAUGUAGUAUUGGCUUUUAAAUGCCGUUCUACAUUUAUGCGCAUUAUUAAUGCUUGAAUGUAGGGGUGUGGUUGUAUAUAAUUUUGGAGUCUGACUGCGGUGUGUGUUUGAUUGCAGGGCUGUGUGUGCAUGUUGUGUUGGUGUUUUCUUGCUGAGAUCUAUGCACAUACAAUGCCACAGAUAUACAUACACAUGAACAUAUACACACACAGAAACACACAGAAACAUGCACACACCCUCAAAAAGAGCAUAACCCUGACACAUUAAAAGACUCUGACACAUACUUCCAAACUCCGAUAUAUAUAUACACACACACACACACACACACACACACUAACACAUAUUUGCACACUCCGAUAUACAGAUACACAUACACACAGAUACACACUUACACAUACACACCCUAACAAAAAGAUGAGAUAGAUGGAUAUAUACACACUCUGUGACACAUACACACAUUUAAACACAGAUAAACAUUCACACACAAAUUGUUACACACAUACUUUUUAUAUUUGUAGCCAUCCUCCUUUUAACAUAAUAAGAGUGUGGGGCUGGAACUGGCUCUCUAUUUGCUUCUCCCCACUCCUGUGCUUCCUCUCCCUCCCGCGCGUCUUGCUCUGAUUUUUGGAGGAAGUGACCUGUGGUUACUUCCUCUUGGCAUCACUGAUACUACAGAGGCCAAGUUGCACUGUUAGAGGGCCACUGCGCUCGACCAGUCCCCUGUACAGCAAUGCCAAUCAGGUGAUCCUUAGUGCAUGGGCCCUCUGAGCAUUCGGGCCAGUGAAUCCGCACUAGCUGUUGUUCCGCCACUGUGUCUGUCAGUGUGUGUGUGUGCUAGUGAAGGUUUGUGUUUGUCAGUUUGUAACGUCUGUGGGUGUGUGUCAAAUCAGUUAGUCUUGACUGUCCGUGAGUGUAUGCCAGUGUAUGUGCAUAUGAGAGUGGGUGCCUGUCGGUGAGUGGGUGAGCCAGUGUCUGUCAGAAAAAGUGUGUGUGUGUGUGUGCCAAUAACUGUGUGUAUGUCCGUGUAUGUGUCAAUGAGGGCAUGUCUCUGUCAAAGUGUGUGUUUGCUUUAAACAGGAAGAGUUACGGUAUGAUUUUGACAUGAAAGGGGGAGUGGGAAAAUGUAGAUUAGGGCCUAGGGCAGCACAAAACCAAAAUACAUAACUGGAGAGAGACCAUUCCUAUAGGAAAAUUUUACAAUAGAUCAAAGAAAUUGUUCUUCAACAAGUUCCCUUGGCGUAAGUGAAAUUGUAUGAAUUCUUCAUAAAAUUAAUGUCUGUUCCUGAUUAGGAAAUUGUAUGUGUGUUGUAAACACAACCACUGUGAAACUGCUAGCAAUUCUUUAAACUAUAUUUAAAUGAAAAGUGGAGCUCCUUUGUUACUGUACUACAUUUUUAGCAAGACACAUUAUCAUUGUUAGACCAGGGGUGUCUAACCCGUGGCCCACUUGCCAUUUAAACUGUAGCGUCGUGAGGGAGGCAGAGAGCCCUUUACAUUCUGCGCUCCUCUUGGAUAGCAACACAGAAGGGAGCUCAGUGGCUGUAGAGUCACUUUUAAAUUAAUUUCACAUCUACAGGUGUUAUUCUCAUAAGUCUGUAAUUUCCAAGUUGAUAUUUGGUGUAUUUUUAAACAUAGUUUCUGAAAGAAAAGAAUCUUGGAAGAUUAAAAUCAGGGCUCUUAGUAAGGAAAUAAUAAAACCUCCUAGUACCAAUGUUGUAAAUACUAUUUGGCUCUACUACUUGAUAACAUUAACUUUAUUUCAUUUUUAGCACUUUAUCCUGUGUCAGUCAGUGGUUUGAUGUAAGGCAUGUGUAGUGUGUAUUGUUUGUUUUGUGCUUUUCAGAACAGUUUAAAUUUCCUUCUCUAACAGGGCUGGACUGGUCAGAAGACAGCGGAGAGGACUCUGAUCAAGCGUCACCAUAUCAGGUUGCAUGGUCGUUCCGAGAGAGCCUUCAUCAUGACUGCAAAAAGUGCGUUCUUUGACUUAGCCAUGGUUGUGCUUGCAUUUUUUAAUAUGUACUGCUUUUGCAAGCUUUGUCGAACAAACCAUACAGAAGUAUACUACGUUUAUUAACACUUUAAUUCAAGACUUGUCAUCAUUUGUGUUACUUUUGCUCUCAAAAAGAGUCAAUGUGCAGCAAAAAGUAUUUCCCUCUUGGGUCAGGGGACAUUUUAUCAAUUGCAAAGAUUUUGAGUAAGAUAAACUAGCUAUGUCAUGUUUAAAAUAUGUUUUUAAAUAGUCAAAAUCAUUCUUGGUUGUCCACUACGUAGUUACAAGGCAGAAUUUUUGUGUUUGCCCUGUGCUCAUCCAGGCACUCUAUAAUUGUAACUGUAUUUGCAUAAACCCAAACGGUAUGUACAAAUGAACUUUUGAAUGCUUACAGCAAAUGUCUGUUUUUGCUCAUUCGCUUAUUCUUCAGGGCACAAUGAGCACUCUAAACAAAAAGAAUGUCAACCAAGACUCUCUGAAGAAGACUUUAUAGGGCUUUCUACAUAGGUCAGCUUUUAAAAAAAAAACACAAAAAAAACCCACAACAUAACAGGUCUGCAGCAGAUUUCUAAGGGUGAUCAUACAGCAAACAAAAAUCAUAUAGUGUGCUUCUGCACCUAUUUCUUUACUGUAAAAUACAAUGAUUAGCCCCUUAAGGACCAAACUUCUGGAAUAAAAGGGAAUCAUGUCAUGUCACACAUGUCCUGUGUCCUUAAGGGGUUAAAGAGGUUAUUGGUAACUUGGCAUAUAUCCACUGUCUUCCAGAGAACAGUGACAUAAAGACAUUCAUUGACAGAUGUUGAAAAUUUAUUUUUAAGGGGAAUCUAGCAUGCAGGCAGGUGACAAUAACAAUCUGAAUGAUUGACAACUGCUUAUAGGGCUGGAGUCAGUUGAGUGUUCCUUUAAAGGUGCAGUAUAAAGACCAUGUAUGACCACACUAGUUUUAAAUGGCCAGCGAUUUUAGAAAAAUCAUUUUAGGAAAAUUGCCAUUUUAUCUUUUUUAAAUUUUAAUUUUUAAAUUUUAUUUUUUUACAGGUUUGAUGCUGAAAUAGCACACCGCAGGAGUUUCAGGGUUGCACAACUUUGCACUUACUUUCAGCAAAAAUAUAAGCACCUCUGCCGCCUGGAGCGGGCAGAAACCUGUCAGAAAAAAUACAGACAUACAUUCCGGAAAGCCUUACAGAAGGCAGCCAGCAAAGAGCCAGAGUGUGCAGGGCAAUUGAUGCACAAACUGAGAAGAGCUGCACAUAUGAGGUAAGGGCCAGUCAUACGUCACAUCUCUCUUUCUUUACUAAUUCACUAGUAAUCUUCGGUAGAUGUGGUUUUAAAAUUUUAUAUGUAUACAUAUCCCAAAUUACCAUUUUCUGAAGAUGAAUUAAUGCAGGCAUAAUCUUAAAAGCCAUUUAAUGACUAUUAACACUUACUGUUCUUGGUGCUUAUGAAAAAGAACUUUCCACAACUAGAAUUGUGAAGAUUGUGUUCUUAUUAAACAUUGUUUCUGAAAAAAAGGGGGGAAAAAAAGCCUUUGAAUUGUUUUGCAUUUCCAUUUUAUCUUGUACAAGAGCCUUGGGUGUGAUAGAUCGCAGCAAAAUUGUGUGUUCAGUCUUUACUUUAACACAUUAAAGCAACACUUCCAAGCACUUUAACCACUACAACCUACUGUAGUUGUUAUGCCAGGUGAAGCCUGGCACUCUUCAAGAGUAAGUACUCGAAAAUUUAAGAUGGGUCUGACAACCUACCUAUGUCCCACAGGGUGCACUUAGCCUCCUCCACUUUUGGUAGGAGUUCCUGCUUUCGUUAGCUGCACUUAGCAUAAUGCUUAAUGUAACGGACUGUUUUGCACAAAAGGGGUAAAAACCGUUUAGGCGAUCGGCCCCCUUUCCAGAGAUGCAGGCACAGCUAUUGUAAAACACCAAACACACGAACCGCCAAUAGGUGAAUGCUCCAAACUCCCGAACGGCCUCCAAUAUAGCACUCCAAACACACGAACAGGAACCAUACGAAUCGCUGCUAACAGACGAAUAGGAAAAGCAUCCAAGCGGCUUACACUCCUAGCAAUCAGUCUCUAUCAGCGUUCAGUAAAUCCCCCCAAAGACGAGACAAGGCUCCGUGUUGAGGGUCAAGCAGUGGUCUGUUUAAUGAGGGCUACCUGCCCAGUAUUUAUGCAGGUCUCCCACCUGGUGGACACUCCCCUAGGGGACCAAAUGGGAGACUGUGACAAGGGACAGACAAGCAGACAAAUAGGACACACAGUCACAGUCUAUUCCCACAAUGCAUCCUGGCUUCCUCCCCUCUGCCCUGGGAGAUAAUUGAGAAGUAAUUCAAUUAUCUCCCAAGACAAAGGCAAAUUGCCAUUAUGCACGUGGGGAUACUAAAACAUGAAUUACUAUUAAAAUACACCAUGUAAGACACAUUACAUUAAAACUAUACAUUUAACAUAUCCCCAGAUAGCUCAGGUCUGAGCGCACAUUAUUAAGCGAAUGGCGCUCAGACCACAUGAAUACAGUUCAAUCGCCAUGGAGCCAAAGUCUUUACACAGUCAGUUUCAUGCGAAUGGGCUCCAUGGGAUUCCUAUCUGAGGUAUAACAUAGACAAGUAAAACUACCGAACACCGGCCGUUCGUGUACUUCCACCGAACAAGAAGGGAGGUCGGCAGCUUCAGCGGUGUUCGCGCAAAACUGUGUCCGAUUUUAGUUCCAUGAAUUAAGCGUCGAACACCGCUGUGCAUUCGUAUUUUUAAAAUGGCCGUGACCUCGUGUUCAGGAUACGAAUAGCGGCCACCCAGCAUUCGUCAAUUAAGCUGCGGUUAACCGCAGCUUCAGGGAGGUUAAUUGCCGGCACACUCCAGCUCCCAGGUGGUCUAUUCAUUCGUGCGGUUGUUCGGUAGAUUGAAUCUACCGAACAACCGGCAGAAAAGCACGAAUAAAGCUUUUCUGCAGGCGAAACAAAGUCUUUUAACAUGGGGCCAUAGUCCAAAGGCAGCAGGCGGGCAACCAGGCUUCUCCAAUGCAAUGUGGCGAGAUUGGUCUCGUUACACUUAAUUUCUGGGUAUUUAGGAUAACAUUCAAGAGUUUAUUUUUGCUAAUUCAGACGUUUAUAUCUUACAUGUUUCCUUCGUUCCUUAUUUAUUUAUUAGCUUUUCACUUGUUAACGUUUGAUCUGAUUGUGUUCUUCAGUUAUAGACCAAUUCAGCCAGAGCUGAGAGAGGAGGAAACCACAAAUUGCACUGCAACUGUGAGGAGUGAAUCUUGUAGAAACAGAGCACUCCCUUACACGCGCCACUGUUUUCAACGUAUCCUUUCAAAAUCUUUCUUUUGUGGUCUUUAUUCCAAUGUCAAGUCCUCCAGGGAGUAUGAAAGAUAAACAGUAGUCAGAUCUCAAUGUAAUGUGUAGUAUAUUAGGAUAUAGGGAUAGUCAAAAAUAUAUAUGGAAAUACACUCACAGGUUUUGGAGCCUCCAACUGGCUCCCACAAAGCAGCAUAAAGUAAUAUAGUCCCCACUUAAGGCUCUUGUUUGCUGGUAGGAAAUCCCGCAGUGAAAAUAUGCAAAUGAAAAAACAAGAAAUAAAAAAUGUAGUGCUCAAUGUUGUAAAUAAAACAAAGUAUUGGAGAGGUCAUAGUCACGUGACUAAAAACGAAUGAACUGUAAUACAAUUUUAAACUGCAUGUUUGCUUCAGAACAUAUAAGCUUUGAUGAUAAUAGACCACAUAAUAGAAUAUAAUAUUUAAUACAAUAUUUUGUGUAAAACAAAGUUUAUAACAGAAAAAAGUUUAAAACUAUAAGUUAAAAAAAAUCAAAAGGGCAUUGCUGUGUGAUCGCCACAGCCAGGACCCGAGCACUCACAGAAAGAUAAGUGUUUUAUUGAGGAGAUUGUCCAACUAUCUACCUAAUAGACUUUGCAUGAGUACAUCCAGGGUCUUGCAAAGUCCCAUAGGAAAGCGCUCGCUGCGCAUUCAUAUCAGGUUUCCCCUUGCUAAUACCCAAAGUCUAGGUGAUUUUCAAUGUUUUACUCAAUGAUGUAAGUUGCAAAGAAGUGGCAUUUCCACUCUGAUCAGCUUAGCCAAUGGAAUGUUCUGAAAUCAUAUUUUUCAGAAACAUGUGGAAAUCCAUCACAUUGUAUACAAUAAUUGUGUAGGUGUCAGAUUUUAAAAUUUUUCUGUUGGUUGGCUUAUUGUCCUUAGUAACGUCUCCUAGAUAUCCUUUCAAACAGCUCUCAGCAGCUCUUCUCCAGCUGUACAGCCAAGUUUGCUGAUGGCCAGCAGUGUUCUGUACCUGUUUUUGACAUCACGCAUCAAACUCCUCUGUGUGAAGAACAUGCCAAGAAAAUGGUAAAAAAAAAAAGCAUUUCUUAUUCUUGUUGCUUUUUUUUCUUUCUUAAAGGGCCACUCUAGGCACCCAGACCACUUCAGCUUAAUGAAGUGGUCUGGGUGCCUGGUCCAGCUAGGGUUAACCCAUUUUUUUCUAAACAUAGUUUCAGAGAAUGUUUAUAAAUGAGACAGCCGCUAGAGGCGCUUGCGUGAUUCUCACUGUGAAAAUCACAGUGAGAGCACGCAAGCAUCCAUAGGAAAGCAUUGAUAAUGGUUUCCUAUGAGGCCGGCUGAAUGCGCGCGCAGCUCUUGCCGCGCGUGUGCAUUCAGCCGACGGGGAGGAUCGGAGGCAGAGAGCUCCCCGCCCAGCGCUGGAAAAAGGUAAGUUUUACCCCUUUUCCCCUUUCCAGAGCCAGACGGGAAGGCGACCCUGAGGGUGGGGGCACCCUCAGGGCACUAUAGUGCCAGGAAAACGAGUAUGUUUUCCUGGCACUAUAGUGGUCCUUUAAUCUUUAAUGUAUUUUUUUUUAAAAAUGGUUUGUUUAUAAUCUCUGGUUCUUAACUGGUUUCUCCAGUUAUAACAAGUACAGCUUGCUGGAGUGGUUAUGAAGAGUACCCUGGUGACAUUCUUCAGUUUUGUAACAGUUUGCCCCCUUACCUGGUUCCCACAGGUGGCACAGGCAUUUCUCCUCCUGGCUGAUAAUGACUUCGACAACAUCCGGCUUCUGCAGAGCUGCUGGUGCCAAGCCUGUUGCGCAUUCAUUGUUGAAAGUGUCAGCUGACUGCUUUCAGCCAAUGAAUUACAUUCUAUGCAUAGAAAUAUGCACACAAUUGACAUUAGCUUCAGUUCCGGGCUGGGUAAUGACACAACAAUGAUGUUGCCAGAGGUAGAAUUACCCCUCCAGAGGCAAAGUGGUUAAUCUGUGUAUGUGCCACGAAAUGCCACACAUACAGACUCCAGGCACCAUGACUUCUUCCACUCACUAAAUUGGUUGUGGUGCUUGGAGCAAUUCAUUAAGUAUUUCAGUGUUAUUUAAAGGAUUACUCCAAGUACCGUGACCACUUCAGUGUUGUGAAGUGGUCAAAGUGCUUGAAGUUUGUACGUGCAGCGUGUCACUGAGAAACCCUGCACUUAAAGAGUUAAAUUACAUUGCUGUGUAACUCCAUCUCCUUCAGCAUCAUUAGCGAGCAUGGGAUAAGAGUUUCGAGCUGGCUAACGUGAAUUCUGUGCAUAUUUGGCAUUGGUUACCAGCCAUAUAUGACAGACGACCAGUGGCGACACCCAUCUGCCCAUCAGCCGUGCCUAAGGGUUAUUCUUUGUAGUUCAUAUAAUCAAAUACAACUAAAGAAUGUGUCAUUGAGCUAGUUUUACAAUCAUGGAGAUGGAGCCGAGAAAAGAUCCCUGUUUUUUCUUUGUUUUGUUUUUAAUUAAAAUUAAGGACCUCUGGUAUGCUUGGAAAUAAAGAGGACCAUAAAUACAAUUUUUAUGCUUUUUGGAUCUUUUUUCCUUUUUACAACCAUGUUUCAGAUUUUCCUAAUCCUUAAACUGCAUGGAAUUACUGAGAUGAUGUAACUUGACUUGGUAGGGAAAUUAUGGUAGUAUGAAGUGUUUCCAAAGUUAUUCAUUCUAUGUAUGUUUAAGUCUAUUUGUGUGGCAGGUUUAACUAGUAGGUUGUCCGUUGUAAAGUAUGUUAUCUCAAAUUCAGGAUAAUUUUCUGCGAGGGGACAGCUCACGUAAAAUUCAGCACCAGCAGCAGAGAAAACCCAGGAAAAAGACCAAGCCUCCUGCACUUACCAAAAAACCGAAGAAAAAGAGGAGGCGUGGCCCCAGGCGGCCCCAGAAACCCAUUCCACCUGCUGUGCCCCAAGGCAAUCUCUGCAUGCCCAGCAGCCUCACACUGCCAGUGGAGGUCUCAAACAUAAGGCAAGUUUUAAAACACUAUGGAGCAUCUUCUCGUAUCUCAGUAGAAAAAUGCCUCCCACAUGCGAUUUAAAUGUGCGUGAUGAUCUAUUCUUGUCAUGCGCUUUGCAUCCUAAUUGCACAGGACAAGUAUGGGCUUUUGUAGUGCCAAUUAUAUACCUUCCUUGGUAAUCUUGGCCUCCAUCUUCCUUGCCUUCCCUUGCUGUGCCAAUUUACAGAGUUGUUGACUUUGCCAUAUGAUAAAAUGGUGAUUUUUAAACCCACAUUUUUAUUUAUUUAAACUUUUUACAUAAUUUACUUUAAAGUAGUAUUGUCCGAAAUCAUGAGCUGUGAUUCCUCAGAGAAGUUAAAGUUCUCUUGAGGUAUAGAAACAUAUCAAGUCCAAGGGGCAUAUUUUGGAACUGAAGCCCAGUUGCAGAGAGCAACACACUCUUGAAAAUGCAGCUUCCUGGGAGGGCCUGGGGAUGAAGACCAGUCAUGCGGAGGUUAGCAGUAAUAUUAGGGGGCUUUAUAAAAUAUAAAAUCCUAAAUGUCUAUUCAAGGCAAGGGUGGGGGUUGUCAAGCAUAGGUUCACCACCAGUUAAGUACAAGUCCAUGAAAUCCAGGGUAUCCAACACUAAAGUAUGAAAAAAUGGACCUGUGCUCAGGAAACUGAAGUGGGACACAAAAGCUAAAGAUGGUCUCUGUAGUAGGUUUGUUAGAAUAAGAGUAUUCAUAUGGGUGUUCCCUGGGGUUCUGUAGGUGAGACAUGUCAUGGUCACAGCCAUGUUCUGUGUGUGAUGCAUGUGAAAGUUCAAUAAAAGACAUCAAAGACGGUGCCAGUAUUGUUUUGAUGUAUGGUGUCAAGGGGACAUUGGUGUUGGGACCUGGCACUCUGGAUCAAAGGGAUCAUUGAGGCUAUUCUGCAUUGACCUUGUGUCAAGUGGGGCCUGGUGUGGCUGUAUAGCCACUGACCUAUGUAAAGGCCUAGUAGCUGUUGGAAACAAUGUGAAUGGGCUGGAAGCCAGUCACUGCACAGUACACAAAACGCUAACCAUUUUAGGGUAAUAGUGGUACCAGUCAUGUUUUAAAUUCCCUAUCUCUCUUUUUUUUUUUUUUCUCCAUUCUAACCUUAUCAACUGAGACAUAUGUUAAACUGGCAAAACAAAAGUGGGAAAAAGAUUGGAAGCCAUGCUUUUCCUUUAUGAGUUACAUCUAUUUAACAAUUCAUAUGACAUAAUACGAAAAAGAAUUUGGAUGAUUGUUUGCAUGAUGCAGCCUUUAGCAGCACUUUAAUAUAUCUCUUAUUCUCUAGAAUCCUGUAAAGUUGUGUAGAAACCUGUCUUGCAUAUGUUGUGUUAUCAACAAAACAAAACUUUGUAAUGAAAUUUUGUUUACUGUUGCAAUUUUUUUGACAGGUUUUAUUGCGUUAACUUUUGUUUUCUCUCUUAAAACUCCCACUCAGAUAAAUGUUGUAUGUACAUCUGUUCAGGUCAGGGAUAGCAAUGUUGAUUGCCUCUGUGUUAUAGGAGCCCAUCCACGCCAGACUUGAGUACUGAUGAGCUGCCUGAUGACAUCACUAGUGAGAUUGCAGACAUUCCCCAUGAUUUGGAAUUAAAUCAAGAGGAUUUUUCUGAUGUACUGCCACGUUUACCAGAUGAUCUCCAUGUCUUUGAUUUCUUUGAAGGUGCCCUAAGAGAUAAAUAUAUUUUUUUUUUCAUUUUCUUCUGAUCGUCAGUUUCUCUUGUAGAAACUAUUGAAUGAACCAAAUUGCAUGCUUUCCAAGUUUAAAAAAAAAACAAAAAAAAUCUGAAUCUUUGUUUCUCUGUUUUUUGUUUUUUUUCUUGCGUUUUUUUUUCUAUAUAAUUAGAUGCAUUAAUGAUUUCUCUAACAAAGUAGAAAUUCAGUUAGAAGUAAAGGAGAAUUAUUAAAAAAAUAAUUUUUUGCUUAAAGAUCUUAGAACUGCAGCACUUACACAGGCAAUAGGUGUAGCUGGCAGAAGCCACUUUGACCAGGAAAAAGUCUCUACCAAUCAGCAGUCUCUACUUCUGGGCUGUCCUAUAGCUCUUUGUCAAACAAGUGCCUGGCCACUCACUUGGUACUUUGCUUUUGCAGGAGUUACACACUGGGUGACACUCAGCCAAUGACAUUUCUAAUGGGUAGAUUAGCAUCCCCUUUUAAAUGCGUAUGAGGAACAAGAGCUUGGGCUGCAGCGGCUGUUAUACUUAGCAUUCCCCUUUAUUUGCCAUUCUGUAAAUUCUUUAUAUUCAAAAGUGUGUUUAAUUGAAUAUUAAUUACAUGAGUUGUUGCUUCACAGGUAAGAAUGGAGAGCUCCUCCCAACGACAGAAGAGGCAGAAGAAUUGGAGAGGGCCUUGCAGGCUGUCACAUCUCUGGAAUGUCUUAGUUCCAUUGCUGUGUUGGCUCACGCUGACACUGUAACUGGGCAGGAAUUGUCAGAUCGAGGGAUAGCUGCAUUCUCAACAUGCUCUGUUGGUCCGGAGAUACGGGAAGUAACCACAGACCUUGGUGAAUUGCUUAACGGGCGUAUAGGUCAUGAAAACUUCACCAGUCUGGAACUGGAUGAAAGCCUGCUUGGGUCUGCUGCUUUGUCAAGUCCACCCACACCUUUGAGUUGUCAUAUCCAGAGGUCCUUUUCCUCCUCUGCCAAUGUUGGCCUUACUUCUGCCACACUAAUAAGCCAGAGUUUACUUGAAGAGAGGGCUUUCCCGGGUACUUUUCAUGGACUUCAUGAAGAUGGUCAAGUUACCCAGCAGCCUCUUCCUGCAGAGAUCUUGACUAAGGCAGAUGAUUUAAUCACCUCACAACAGCAAUACAGUACUGAUCAAUCCCAUUCGUCACCCCAUGGCAGCCAUUAUGGCAGUGAGCCUGUGCCGUCACCAUACAGCGACCAAAUUACAUCCCCGCAUGCCACCUCUUUCUCCACGGAUGGCUUGGCAGACACAUUUUCUUCUGAAGUACCCAUUAUUACACAGCACUUGCUCACCACUCAGUUGGAGGUGCCUCUUAGUGGAGUGGUAAACACUCGAACUCACUGGGGAAACCUUCCUGUGAACCUGGGUGAUCCAUCAGCUUUUAGUACCUUCAUCAGCUCAGAUGGCCACUUACUUUCCACCUCUCUAUCCACUCCCCCUGCCACAUCCCAUUCAGAGACAACACAGCCUACCUUUUCCACUGUGACCCCCAACAGCUCCAACAUGCUUCCGGGGUUACCGCAGACUAGUUUCAGCGGCCUCAGCCCCCCACCCUCGGAACUUAUGGACUCCACAUUACCGAAACAACAGCUCCCUCAGUUCAUUGCAGCCUUUGGCCAUCAGCUGACUUCUCACAGCGGCAUCCCUAAAGACCUUCAACCCAGCCAUAGCUCAAUUGCUCCCCCUACAGGAUUUACUGUAACUGGUGCCACAGCUACAAGUACGAACAACUCCUCCAACUGA